GCCCCGCGCCCGCCGCGCGGCGCCCUGGGAAAUGGAGUCCGCCCCUUCCGCUCUCCCUCCUGCCAGGCGGCGGCGGCGGCGGCGGCGGCGGCUCAAGGGCGCGUCUGAGCGCGGCGCGUGUCUGCGGCCCCCGGGCGACGCGUGUCUCGGGCCGCCCCCUCCCCUCCCCCCCUCCCCUCCCCCCCCGCGGCUUCCCGGCUCCUCGCUGGCCCCGGGGAGGGCGCGGCCGGUGCAGAUGGGGCGCCGGGGCCGGGCGGCGUCGUGAGGCUGCUGAGCCCGCCCGCCAUGCGGGGGGCGGCGAGGCUGCUGCUGGGGCCCCUCCGGCCGGCGCUGCCGCUGCUGCUGGGCUUGUCGCUGGGCUGCAGCCUGAGCCUGCUGCGCGUCUCCUGGAGCCAGGGCGGCGGCGGCGGAGGGGGGGAGCCCUGCCUGGCCCCCGACGGCCGCCCGCCCGCCGCCGCCGCCCCCCCCGGGGGCCCCCGCCAAGAGGACUUCCGGCCCCGCAUCGUCCCCUACUCCCGGGACCCCAGCAAGCCCCACAAGAAAGUGCUCCGGACACGGUACAUCCAGACGGAGCUGGGCUUCCGUGAGCGCCUCCUUGUGGCUGUGCUGAGCUCAAAGGCUACCCUGAACACUCUGGCUGUGGCCGUCAACAAGACCGUGGGCCACCACUUCUCUCACCUGCUGUACUUCACGGGCCUGCGCAGCGCCAAGACGCCCCACGGCAUGACGCUGGUCUCCCACGGCGACGAGCGCCCCGUCUGGCUGAUGUACGAGACGAUGCGCUACAUUCAUCAGCACUUGGGGAGCGACUUCGACUGGUUCUUCGUCAUGCAGGACGACACCUACGCCCACGCGGAGCAGGUCAAGGCCCUCGUGAGCCACCUCAGCAUCAGCCAGGACAUCUACCUGGGCCGGGCGGAGGAGUUCAUCGGAGGGGACGAACGGGCCCGGUACUGCCACGGGGGCUUUGGCUAUCUCCUCUCCCGCAGUCUGCUGUUGAAGCUGCACCCCUACCUGGACAGCUGCCGCAACGAAAUCCUCAGCGUGCGCCCGGACGAGUGGCUGGGGCGGUGCCUUGUGGACUUCCUGGGCGUCAGCUGCGUCUCACAGCAUCAGGGCCAGCUGUACCUGACACACGAGCUGGCCAAGAACGCAGACCCAGAGAAGGAGGAGGGGCGGGGGCUUUGGGGGACGGUUGCUGUUUACCCCGUCACGGACCCCUCCCUCAUGUACAGUUUGCACAAGCAGUUCAGCAGGAUCCAGUUGGACAAGACCUACCAAGAGAUGGAGCAGCUGCAGGUGCAGAUCCGUAACCUGACCUCUCUGAUGCCCUCAGGCGAGGCAGGCCUGGCGUGGCCCGUGGGCAUCAGCGCUCCCUUCGUGCCUAAGUCCCGCUUCGAGGUCAUCGGCUGGGAGUAUUUCACCGAGCAGCACUCUUUCUCCUGCCCCAGCGGGGCCCCCAAGUGCGAGCUGGUGGGAGCCAGCAAGGCGGACGUGGCGGACAUCCUGCAGGCGGCCCUGGAGCAGCUGAACCGGCGCUACCAGCCACGGCUGCGGUUCCACAAGCGGCAGCUGCUGAACGGGUACCGCCGCUUUGAUCCUACCCGGGGCAUGGAGUACCAGCUGGACCUGCUGCUGGAGGCGGCCACCCAGAAGGGGCACCGGCACCUGCUGGCCAAGCGGGUGAGCCUGCUGCGCCCCCUCAGCAAGGUGGAGAUCAUCCCCAUGCCCUACGUGACGGAGGCCACCCGGGUGCAGCUGGUGCUGCCCCUGACGGUGCAGGAGCGGGACUUCGUGGGCAGCUUCCUCGACACAUUCGCCAUGAACGCCCUGGACACGCACGACAACGCCUGGCUCCUGCUGCUCUUCAUCUACGAUCCCUACGAUGCCCAGCGGGUUGGUCAGGUGGACGUCUUUGCGGGGGUCAAGGCCAUGGUGGCUGAGCUGGAGAAGCGCUAUGCAGACGUGAAGAUCCCCUGGAUCAGCGUGAAGACGGAGGUCCCUUCCCAGGUGAAGCUGAUGGACGUGAUCUCCAAGAAGCACCCGGUCGACACGCUCUUCUUCCUGGUCAGCGUCUGGACGGAGGUGACGGGGGAGGUCCUGAACCACUGCCGCAUGAACGCCAUCAGCAGCUGGCAGGUCUUCUUCCCGGUGCACUUCCAGGAGUUCAACCCCGCGCUGACCUACCGAGGUGAGCAGGCCGCCUCCGCCGCCGCCGCCUCCUCCUCCAGCGCGGACUUCCUGCGGGACGGGCACUUCGACCGGCACGUCUUUGCCGAGGCCUGCUUCUACAACUUGGACUACAUGGCCGCCCGCUCCAAGCUGGCUGCCGACAUCCUGGACCAGGACGAGGUGCUGGAGGGCUUGGAGGUCUUCGAUGUCUUCCUCCGCUAUUCGGAGCUGCACCUCUUCCGGGCUGUGGAGCCGGGGCUAGUGCAAAAGUACGCGCCAAGGAGCUGCGACCCGCGGCUGAGCGAGGAGCUCUAUCACCACUGCAUCCUCAGCAACUUGGAGGGGCUGGCUUCCCGCUCACACUUGGCCAUGGCCCUCUUCGAACAGGAGCAGGCCAACAGCACCUGAGCGGGGAGGGAGGGAGGGAGGGGUUUUAUAGGAAAAGCCAUUAAAGCGAUGAGGCCCCCGGCCCCCA